AUGCUAAGGGUUAACUUACUUCUUCAAAGACAGUCGUUUCGUUUUCUAUCAUCUCAGUCUCAUGAUUUGGUAGUAAUAGGUGGUGGUCCUGCCGGUUAUUUUGCUGCAAUCAAGGGAGCUCAGCUGGGCUUCAAUACAGCUUGCAUUGAAAAGAGAGGUAAACUUGGUGGUACAUGUCUUAAUGUUGGAUGUAUCCCAUCCAAGGCACUUCUGAAUAACUCUCUUAUGUACGACCAAAUCCUAAAUGAUACCCAAAAGAGAGGUAUUGUCGUUGAUAAGAAAAAUGUUAACUUAGAUUUUGAUGGUUUGAUGAAAUAUAAGGAUAAAGUUGUUAGUCAGUUGACUGGAGGUGUGGAAAUGUUAUUUAAAAAGUACGGUGUCACUUAUUAUAAAGGUGAUGGUGAAUUUUUAAAUGAAAAUGAAGUUGUGGUCAAGCCCGUUGACGGUCUAGAAGGUACAGUUAAGGAAAAUAUAAAUUUACAAGCUAAGAAUUUCGUUAUUGCCACGGGAUCUGAAGUAACUCCAUUCCCAGGUAUCACUAUUGAUGAAGAAAGAAUUGUAUCAUCAACGGGGGCUUUAUCUUUGAAAGAGGUUCCAAAGAGAUUAGCGAUUAUUGGUGCUGGUAUCAUUGGUCUUGAAAUGGGAUCCGUCUAUAACAGACUAGGCUCUGAAGUUACAGUGAUGGAGUACCAAGACAAGAUUGGUUCCUCAAUGGAUGAUGAAGUCGCUGCAACAAUGUCUAAAGUGUUGAAAAAACAAGGUUUCAACUUCAAAACAAAUGCCAAAGUCGUCUCAGCUACUAGAAGUGGCGAUGUUGUCGAUUUUACAGUAGAAAAUACAAAGACCGGUAAGCAAGAGACGUUACAAGCUGAUGUGUUACUAGUUGCUAUUGGUAGAAGGCCAUAUAUUCAAGGAUUAGGCGCAGAAAAGAUUGGUUUAGAAGUUGACGAAAGCGGUCGUCUAGUAAUAGAUAAUCAAUAUAAUACAAAGUUCCCACAUAUUAAAGUUGCAGGUGAUGUCACUUUUGGCCCAAUGUUGGCUCAUAAAGCUGAAGAAGAAGGCUUUGCUGCCGUUGAAUUAUUCAAAACUGGUCACGGUCACGUAAAUUACAAUAAUAUUCCAUCUGUUAUGUACACUCAUCCAGAAGUUGCCUGGACUGGGAAGAAUGAAAAAGAACUGAAGAGAGAUGACAUUAAUUACAAGGUGGGUAAGUUUCCCUUCAUUGCUAACUCAAGAGCAAAAACCAACAUGGAUACAGAGGGUUUUGUUAAGAUUUUGAUCGACGCAGAAACUGAAAGAAUUCUCGGUGCUCAUAUUGUUGGUCCAAAUGCCGGUGAAAUGAUUGCAGAAGCCUGUCUGGCUCUAGAAUAUGGUGCGUCUGCAGAAGAUAUUGCUAGAGUUUGUCAUGCUCAUCCAACAUUGUCAGAGGCAUUCAAAGAAGCUAGUAUGGCAGCCUACUCACAACCAAUCAAUUUUUAA